AUGUCGAUGAAGAAAUUACAGGCCGAAAUUGACCGGGUCUUGAAGAAAGUGAGUGAAGGUGUGGAGACAUUUGACAACAUUUACGACAAAAUACAAUCCACCAGCAACUCGAAUCAGAAGGAAAAGUACGAGCAAGACCUCAAGAAGGAGAUAAAGAAAUUACAACGUUUGCGUGAUCAAAUCAAGACAUGGCUAUCAUCCAACGAUAUCAAAGACAAGUCAGCGUUGAUGGACAACCGAAAACUGAUAGAAUCAGAGAUGGAGAGAUUCAAAAAUGUAGAGCGUGAAAUGAAGACAAAAGCCUUUUCAAAAGAAGGACUAUUGCAACGAGAGAGAAUGGACCCCAAAGAAAAGGAAAAAGCCGACGCGUGCGACUGGAUUUCGACGACAGUCGAUGAAUUAUCUCGACAGAUUGAAAUGGCAGAAGCUGAGCAAGAGACGCUUCAAGGUACAUCGAGAAAAGGCAAGAAAGAUCAUGCCAAAGUUGAACGAACAAACGAACUGGAGCACUUUAUCGAGCGUGAUCGAUGGCAUAUCAAUCGAUUGGAGUUGAUUUUGAGAUUACUGGAGAACGACCAGCUAUCUCCCGACAGAGUGCUUGCUAUCCAAGACGAUGUGCAGUACUACCUCGAGUGUAACCAGGAACCUGAUUUUGAAGAAGAUGAGCUUGUGUACGACGACCUAAAUCUCGAAGAAGAGGAAGAGAUGUAUAAUGUGGGCACCGAAGAGCAUUUCGUGUCAGAAGAUGUAGAGGAAAAGACACUAAGCAAAAAGUCUAAAGACAAAGAUCACGACGACGAGACAUCUUCACUCAGUUCAUCCACUCGAAAAACAGCAGCAUCCAGUAGUCCAAUCAGCUCGAAAUCAACAACGACAAGUAGUCCAAAAGCACCUGCAAGCGUGCCGCCGAUCAAGUCUCCAGAAAGCAACACUGCAACGACAAACAAUCUCAAGUAUGCCCAAGCAGCUGGAGCAACAGAAGGAAGCCCAACUUCCUCUGCUAAAGUUCAAUCACCCAAAGUGGUAGUACCAUCCGCAUGGGCGGAACCCAUCAAGAUUGCGGACCAGAUCAAAUCCAAUGCUGCACCUACACCAGACGACAAGUCAGCAUCAACGCCACCUUCCGAGAAAUCAAAGCCCAUGUCGUCUUCUGCGCCUGGUGCGCAAGUGAAUAAUAGUGUGACCAACGGCGCUGCGAAAUCAUUACCGAUGGAUGCUUCCUUGACCCAACAACCCGGAGCAGAAUUGGAUUCUCGUCUGCCUUCUUCACUGCUUGACCUUGCAGCCUCAUUUGAGGCCAUCAAAUCCAAAGCAGCAGCUGCUAACGAUGACAAUACACAGUACACAAAUCGUAUGCUGGAUGCCAGCUUACAGUAUGUUCCUGACCUGAUAGACUCGGAAAGGCCCAAGGUGUAUCAAGCACAAACCCCUCAAUUGACACCAGCUUAUUAUCCCCAACAGCCUCUCGCUAUUUUUGAUAAUCCCAGUCUUUUUGAAAAGUUUGAUAUGGAUGCAUUGUUCUUUAUUUUCUACUAUCAACAAGGCACCUAUCAACAGUAUUUAGCAGCUAAAGAGCUGAAAAAGCAAUCAUGGCGUUUCCACAAGAAGUACCUGACAUGGUUUCAACGACAUGAGGAGCCAAAGACGAUUACAGACGAUUAUGAGCAAGGCACCUAUAUUUAUUUUGAUUACGAAGGUGCCUGGUGUCAGCGUAAAAAGACUGAAUUUAGAUUUGAAUAUCGUUAUUUGGAGGACGCAUGA